AGGCAGCAACUGAAAAGCGACACGAACUGCUAGCCACGUCAGUUUGAGAAUUUAACUAGACAAGUGUAGUUAAGUCAUCUUAAGAUUAGAUCUAGACUAUUUAGAUUUAGAAUCUAGAAUAGAUCUGGUCUUGUUUCGAGUCUAGAGAUUUAGAUCUAGACUUAUGUGUCUAAUGAGAAUUAUUGUAUUUGUAAGCUCUAAAGUAGCGAGAUAAAACAUCUGAUUCUGAAACAAUCAUAGAAUCAACAGCAACAUCUGAACAUCAUCACUCCUGCCUGGCUUUGUUAUAGUGUUUUAUCAGCUGAAUUAUUAACAAACAAGACUAAGACAGAAUGCUUUUAACUAUGAUUGCAAGAGUGGCUGAUGGAUUGUUGCUGUCUGCAUCAGUUCAGGAAGAUGAACAAGCUGGCCGUAAUCUUUCAGAAUAUCAAACACAGGCCAAACAACUGUUCCGAAAAUUAUCCCAAGACCCAAAUCCUCCUCCUCGAUGUACUUUAGAAGCCAAGCAUUAUUUAUUUCAUUAUAUGAUAGAAAGAGGAGUGUGCUACUUGGUCUUGUGUGAAAAAACAUUCUCUAAAAGAUUAGCAUUUUCUUACUUAGAAGAUCUACAAAAUGAAUUCAUAUCACAGUAUGGAUCAAAGCUGGAUACAGUAUCUCGACCUUAUUCCUUCAUUGAGUUUGAUACAUACAUGCAGAAAGCUAGAAAAUCAUAUAUGGACUCUCGAGCCAGGCGCAAUUUAGGUCAAAUUAAUACAGAAUUACAAGAUGUACAAAGAAUAAUGGUUCAAAAUAUUGAUGAAGUGUUGACACGAGGAGAAGCUUUGUCAGUAUUGGACACUAAAGCCAGCAACUUGUCAUCACAGUCACUUAAGUACAAGAAGGAUGCCAGAUACCUCAACCUGAGAUCUUCCUAUCUUAAGAUUGCAGCCAUAGUUAUCACAGUCAUCCUAUUUUUACUGUUUCUUCGUUACUGGCUAUUGUGAGAGAGAUGAGAUUGUUAGACUAGCCCAUUAUGUGCUGCACUGGUUUCAAAUUGUUUCCUUUCUGAUGUUUGCUCCUGUUGUGCAGAUGUUAACAAAAUGUGUUAGAAACUGCUGUCAUAUACUGUGUGCGGUGAGGGAAGUUCCUGAUACAGAGGUUUUAGUUUUUUUUUGACAGAAUUAUAAAAAAAAACAAGUUUCUUAAAUAUCAAGAGGCAAUUAAUUUUAGAUGUAUGCAUGUAUUUAUUAAAAGGAAUUUAAAUGUUUUAAUCUUACACUGAAUAAGUUGGCAAAUCUAGACCUGCACUAAAGGGUUAGGUACAAAGGACCAUUUUUUUUUCUUCUGACCCCCCAAAAAAAAUGUAGAUUUGAAGAGGAGCCAGCAUAUCUACAUUGAUAUGUAUUGGACACUAAAGCCAGUAACUAUGUAAUUCCUUAUAAAACCAAAUAUAAAACCAACUAGGACUAGGAUGUUCUCUCUCUCUGGGACAUUGUAUUUUGGAAUAGAAUUGAUCACUUAUUCUUAUUUGUUUUUUAAUUCAUUAUUCUUGUCUAUAUAAUUGUGAUAUUGACUGAACUUCAGAUUUGUUCAAAGAAAACUAUUGUUUUAUUCCUUUGCUUUUGAAUGUCUUGUUCAUCUUGUCAUUUGUGUAAGCAUUUGAAAGGGCUCUACAAAACACUUUUGUGUCAUGAAGUACAUUUUUUGUGUAUAUAUAUGUAUUGUUUAUGCUUGGAAAUCUCACCAUUGAGCUUGAUAAACGGCUUACAUAUUUAGUGAAUAACAUCAGGAUAGGGAGGUUUUGUUUUCAUCUGGAUAUUGAGCAACUAAUGUUUUUUUGACACAGCACAUUUGUCUGAUUCCUUAUGAGAAUAAUGUCUUAUGAUCAUUUAUUUAAAUAACUGAAAAUUAAUCUGAUCAAAAGUUGUAUACAACAACAAAAUUGUAUUUGCAACAUAAGCAUUUGUAAAACUAUUACUUCAUUUCUUUCUGUUACCAUUUAUAAAAGUAAAUAUUUGUUGUUAUAGAAUGAGAGGAAUAGAAGUUUCUUUUUAAACUUCUUCUUUAUGAAAGGUUGGUUUUGAUCCAGUCUAUUCUGUGUGUGAAUGACACUUAAAACUUAAUAUUCAUGAAUGUAUUUGAAGAUACAUAAAUGUUUUUAAUAUGUUUAUUUUGCAAAGAUAGAGGUGAUUUAGAAAUGCAAACUAUUGUGUAAUUGGCAAUGCAAUAGGAUUGAUGUUUAUGUCUAGUAUAAGCUUUUUAAGGUCUGAAUAUCUUAGAUUCAUUGAAAUGUUUUAUUUUCUAAACAAUUCCAGCAUUAAAAACCAGAUCUUACUAUGUCAGUUAAUUUAAAAUCAAAUUUUACUUGCUAGUAAUAACACUCAUCUGUAGGAUUGCAUAAAAUACUGUAUUUUAAUUUUAUUUUGUUGUGAGGCACUUUUUUUUCUUUGAAAAAUAUUUCAUUAUGCUAUAUUAAUUUAUAAGUUAUUUGCCAAUGUUUUGAAUUGACAAAAAAAAAAAAAAAACUAACUAAAUAAAAAAAAAUUCAGAAUGUGAAUUAACAAAUAAAAAAAAUAAUUAAUGAA